AUGAAAGGUGUUCAGGUGGAACGCACCGUAAUUGGCACUGUAUUGCCUGUACUCGGUCUUUCUUUCCAACACUGUCGAAAACUUGGCGACGAUGUGAUUUGUGUGCGUAUCGAGUAUGUGACGAGCCCGUGUGCUGUUCACACGAACGAGUCACUAUUUACAAUCGUUACGUUGCACCGCUGUCAGUUUGUGCACGUUGUCGAGAGUGUAUUGAUGAACGAGAGAGCGAUCAUCAAACCAGUGAGAUUCUAA